GAUUUUAAAUUCAUAGUUUCAAAAUUAAUGCUUGGAUGCAUUCAGUGAAACUUCCCUCUCACAAGGCGCUACAGAUCUCUCACAUUGUUCGUGCAUUCGACCGUGUACACAUUUCUGCAUAAUGGGGAGAGAAACAGAAAGAAAAAUCCAACCAUGUGAAGAUGUAGAGAGAGAAAAAAAGAAUUGAAUGGUACUGAAGAGAGUUUUAACGAACACAAACAAACAGCAUAAAUAUGAUUGUCAAACGAACGAGAUGUUUCUGGUACUUGAGAUGAAGUAGUUUCAACCGCUUUGAACAAUGCGUCCACAUAUACAAUGUUUUUACACACACUAUUUAAUGUUAUUUAUAUUAUGUGCAACUUUUAAAGAAUAUAUAUUUGAGGACACAUUCAGACAUGACGAACAAGUUUCGUUAUUUGGUGAUCUUGGUGACGAAGUACAUACGAAUUACCCAAUCCGAAAGUCCAAUAUCCCCAACAUUGUUGAUGACUCGAAGAAACAGAAUUUAAAAGACCAUACCAAUAGUAAUUCUGCUCUUCAAGUGCAAAUGGAACGUCUAAUCAACCCGUUGUUCUAUCGUGAUUUUAUACAUACAAAAAACUACAUGUCAACACAUGAAUUAUCCAAGAAAUCAGACAUAAAUAAACGUAAUGACGUCACUCCACUAAGCGUGAACGAGAUUAUAGCUUUGAAUAAAAUUAAGCAGAUGAUCGAUCCCAACAGCGCUCAUAUCAUAGAAGCCGCCAACGAUAAGCCGAUAAUCGAGCCAAACAGUGCUUAUAUCGAAGCCACCAACGGAAAGCAGAUAAUCGAGCCCAACAGUGCUCAUAUCAUAGAAGGCGCCAACGGGAAGCGAAAUCAAUUAUCACGCGAUCAAGCUGUGAGGUUAGCUAAAUCUUUACGCUCAGGAAAAACGCCUCAAAGUAAUAUGGAAAUGAGAAUUGAGGCUAUGUCCCGCGGCGUUUCUGUGAAUCUUAACAAAUAUAACGCCCCUGUUGCAAGCAGGUUUGCUAUAGCCGAUUCUACUUCUCGGCAAAUAACCAGUGUGCCGUUUAAUAACAAACCGGCCGUUAAAUCGUUCAAUUCUUUUAUAAAAAUCCCAUUGAAAAUUGCAACAGCUGUGAAUAACGUUCUAGGUAGAAAAAAACAAGACGUACAAGACAGUGUAUUUUACAGAUCAAAGCAAGUUCCAUAUAAUUCUAAUUUCCGUGAAAGCAAAAGAGCGUGGAAAGGGUUUGCCAGUAGUGCCAAAAAUGGCGGGAAAAAUGAUUAUAAUUUACUGUCUUCCAAAUAUAGAAACAAUUCUCUGUUGAAUGAUCUAUCGAAGGUGACAAUGAAAUGGACAGGUUACAAAGCUAUAGAUGCUAUCAAACAGGGCAGCUCAGCUCCGACUUGGAUGACAUUUCUCAAAGGAGCUAUGCAACCGAAAGUUGUUAUCAAAGAUGAGCAUCAUUCAAAGCAACUAAAAAGCGUCAAAAAACUGCAGGACCCGAAAAAGUCUAAAAGUUUGUCUUUAAAGAAAGAGAGCAAUAUAAUUCCAGAUGUUAGUCGUAAAAUUUUAGGCAUAUCUGCUGAGAAGAGGAAAAUUAAGGCAGCUCAAAUGAAGAAGAAAAAGGACGAGGAGGAAGAUGAAAAUAAAGAAAAUGAAGAGGACAUAGAUUCUCCACAAGAGGUAAUAAACGUUACCGUUUCUCGUCCUCCACCACAGCCAUAUCAGUACCCGCCGUAUCAGCCCUAUCAGUAUCAGUAUUUUCAGCCGCAACAGCCACAACCACCGCCACUUCAACAACCACAAUCACCACCAAUGCAACAACCACAAUCACCGCCACUUCAACAACCACAACAGGUAUUUAUCCCACAGCCAGGAGUCAUCCCAUGGAACUACAACCAUGCUGAAAAACUUCCAGAUGGACGCAUCAGACCAGCCUUGUAUCCAAUUGCCAAACAUAUUCCAACUGGGAAAUGUCUACCCGAAUCAUCUUUAUGUGAUAAAGGUCAUGAUGAACAGUGUUGUGGGGCGGCAACCUUUUGUGUUGAUUUCUGGGGUAUCAGUAAAUGUUUAGCAUUUCGAAGGCAAUCGCUUGAUGAUUUGCAUAAUCUUUACCAAAUUCGAAACAACAUUAACUAUAAGAAUUACCACCGAUACUUGACUUCGAGUAUUUUCGAUAACAUCAAAGACGCAUCAGAUUGAAUCGUCGGAUAAAAUUUUAGCUUGCAUUUUGUAUAUAAACUAUUUUUCUAUACUUUCUUCACAGCCUUCAACUUUUUCUUUAUCACCGUAUUUUGCAACUUUGUAAAAAUGUAAAAAAGUAAACUGACUUACAAAGUCAUUUGAUAUAUUAAUAUGUAAAGGAUAUUAUAUCCUCGUUGCUGCAUCUCACUAGAGAACAAAAAUCACGAGGAUAAAAUGAUAAAUAAAUCUGCAAA